AGGAACCCAGAUCAGGAAACUUGCAGGAGAGGGGGACAGGGUGGGGGAGGAGACAGCAGGAGUGGGAUUCAGGAGAAUCGGCUCCAACAGAGAAAUCGCAUUCAAGAAGCAAAAGUCACGUGCUCUAAACAGAGAACGCUGGGAGGGCAAGAAAGAUAUCUUGUGCAUUAAAAAUAUCACGGAAUAAAAAUUUAAAAGACAACAAUGAAGAAAAGGGUGGAGGAAAAAUAGGAGGAAAUCAGCAGGCAGAAACAAUGGACAAAAAGAUGGAAAAAUGAGAGAAAAUGAUACGAAAAUAAUUCAACGAAGUAACAUGUUACAGGGGAGGGGAAGAAUAAGGAGAAACAGCUAUCAAAGAAAGAAGCCACUCCUCCGGCACUGAAGACCAUGGAUGUCACGGAAGGGCCGAGUCUGGCAGCCGUGCAGGAUGGGGUGGGGGUGCCACCAAAGUGGGGCUUGGGCACUCGGCCUGCGCUGGCAGAGGGAGGCUUCAGGGUUUGACCGAAGACCGCCCCAUCCUCCUCUGCCCUCCUCCCUCUCCUAGGCUUUCGGACUGACUGGCCCACCCCUACCUGGGGCAGUGCGGGGCUGGGCAGAACUCCAUCAUCCUCCCUGGAGGUGCCCACCCUGCGGUCCAGCCGGCCCCACACGUGACCACGGGAGACAGCUGUUUCCUGCCCUCGGGGGAGGCUGUGCCAGUGCCCGGGCGAGUCCUGGCGGACACCUCCCUGCUAGCCAUGGGCCCCAGCCUGCUCCUGCUGCUGCUGCUGCUGCUGGGACUAGAAGGCUGGGGCUCUGCUGACAGCCACCCCGAGGUGCUGAGGGCUCCCGUGGGGGCCUCCAUCCAGCUGCAGUGCCACUACCGGCUACAGGAUAUCCGGGCACGCAAGGUGUGGUGUCGCUUCGUGCCCGAGGGCUGCCAGCCCCUGGUGAGCUCAGCUGUGGACCGCAGUGCCCUGGGGAGCAGCCGUACGUUUCUCACCGAUGUGGGCGGGGGCCUGCUGCAGGUGGAGAUCGUCUCCCUGCAGGAGGAGGACACAGGCCAGUACGGCUGCCUGGUGGAGGGCGCCGCGGGGCCUCACUUGGUGCACACCUUUGCCCUCGAGGUACUGCCUAAAGAUCCUGGCCUGGGAGAGGAGAAAGAGGAGCAGAAGGAGGAGGAGGAGGAAGAGAUCUAUGGGACUGGCACCCAGGCUGAGGACCCCUUCUUGGGCUCUGAAGAUGGCACCAGCCACUGGGGGCUCAGCCAGCAUAAGAGCAUUCCCUUGACCUGGGGUAUCGUGCUCCUGCUGGGCUUGCUGGUGGCAGCUGUGGCGCUCUUUGUUGUGAUGGCCAGAAGGAAAGGGAACACACUUGGUGUCCGGGACCAAUUCCAGAGCAGCAGAGCCUCGGACACGGAUCUGUCCUCGACAGCCCACCAUGUGGAUGACUCUGGACAGGCAGCCGGUUUGCCGUUGGACGUGAGGCUCGACUUGUCCCCCUCCUUUGACAAUUCCACCUACACCAACCUGGCGUUUGAGCCCCCAUCAGGAAAAGCCCCGACCCCACCCCUACCCUCGCCACCCGCUCUGCCUCCUAAAGUUGUGAUGUCCUCCAAGCCUGUCACUUACGCCACAGUCACCUUCCUGGGAGGGGACAGAGGUGGAGUGGCCUCCAGUGAGCUGAUCCAGGACCCACCCAGCAGCCCAAGCCCACCUAGCUAAGCAGCUCACCACACUGGCUACUCAGGGACGAUCCCGGGGCUGAGCAUCCCUGUCCAACCCAUGAGUGCUCUAGAUCAGGGGUGGCGAACCUAUGGCACCUGUGCCGUAGCGGGUUGUUUGUAUCACAGAAAGCUCUAAAAGGUUCGCCAUCACUGGGCUAGAUCCUUGGAAUAUGGGAGCAGCUCGGGGUUUUGAGGUCUAAUCUAAUAUCCUGACAUUACCAACAGGGAAGGUGACGCUCACAUCCGAUAGAGGUGUUUUGGGGAUACUAACCCGUCUGC